AAGCGGAAAACUUCAGCUGAUCUCUGCUCAUAUGGUUGUUGUUUGAACCUGAACUCUUACCAUGGAGCGCAAGGAGUGGAUAUCGAUCAUCGGAAGAAUUGACAGCUCGACAUAUUGAUCGAUUAGAUUGACAGGUUUACAGUUAUAAAGCGCGGUUUGUGUGUUGUUACAGAGGUCGAGUCAAACUUACACUUUUAAACACGUUUGCUCGGAGACCAGCGCGUUAUGACGAGGCUCUACAGAAUAUAAGCUCGUGAAGGCUCAUUAUAAAGGGAACACCGCCGGGAGUUGAGGGGUUUUACUGUUCAAAUUUCCCCCCUGUUCCUUUGUGCCGGAGGAAGAGCUCGGGCCGCGGCGGGGAGCAGCACCAGGCCGCGGGACCAGAGAGUGUGUGUGCAUGUGUGUGCAUGUGUAUUUAUGCGCGCGCGCGUGUGUGUGUGUGGAGAUACAGUCCCGCAUGUUUGAAGGAAAAUAAGUGAUUUUAGACCUAAACUACAGUUGUAACAAUGGAUCAAUAUCCGGCGUCCGCUGGUGCUUCCAAAAGCGGCAAAGAUAAAGACAAGAAGAGUAAAAAGAACUAUGAAGACGGAGAAAGCAAGAAGAAGUUUACUCUCAAACGGCUGAUUCCCGAUGAGCUGGAGCGGUUCACCAGCAUGCGGACGAAGAAGGAGAAAUCGGGCACGCCGGGACACAGACACUCCACAUCCGCACAGUAUGAAGUUCCAUCGCAGACGCAGUCACUGCACGAGCACUCGGAUGACUAUGUGCUGGAGCUCUUCGAGCAGAUGCUGGUUGAUAUGAAUCUGAAUGAGGAAAAGCAGCAGCCGCUCAGAAAGAAGGAUAUCUCCAUUAAGAGAGAGAUGGUGUCUCAAUAUCUGCACACAUCUGCUGCUGGUAAGAAUCAGAAGGAGAGCUCCAAGUCAGCGCUGGUGUACAUACAGGAGCUGAAGACCGAUCUGAGAGACGCACAGUUACUGAGCUGCCUGGAGUCACUGCGAGUGUCUUUAAACAACAACCCUGUCAGUUGGGUGCAGACCUUCGGAGCCGAGGGUUUGGCUUUACUUCUGACGUUCCUCAAGAAACUUCAAGACGAGAGAGAAGAACCUAUGAAUGCUGGGAUUGGUGUGAAAUGUCAACAUGAGAUCAUUAGAUGUCUGAAAGCAUUCAUGAACAACAAGCACGGUCUGAAAGCCAUGUUGACAUCAGCAGAAGGAAUUCCUCUCCUCGUCAGAUCCAUCGAUCCAAAUGUUCCGCACAUGAUGGUGGAUGUAGUGAAACUGCUGUCUGCUAUCUGCAUACUGGAUCACCCAGACAACACUCAUGAGCGUGUGCUGGAGUGCAUCACGGAGCAGGCGGAGGAGCAAGACAUCGAGAGGUUUCAACCGCUGCUCUCCGGCAUGCGCAAAAACAGCAUUGCAUUGAAGACUGGCUGUAUGCAGUUCAUUAACGCUGUGAUCAGUCGAGUGGAAGAACUGGACUUCCGGAUUCAUCUGAGAUCUGAACUCAUGAGACUCGGACUUCGAGACCUACUGAAGGAGGUGAAGAUGAUUGAAAACGAGGAGCUGAAAGUUCAGUUUCAGGUCUUUCAAGAGCAGGCCGAUGAUGACUCUGAAGAUCUUCGCUCACGACUGGACGACGUCCGUAUUGAGAUGGAUGAUGUGAAUGAAGUCUUUCAGAUGUUGUUGAAUACAGUGAAGGAUUCUAAAGCCGAGCCUCUCUUCCUCUCGCUGCUCCAGCACCUGCUACUCGUGAGAAAUGACUACAUGGCCCGGCCUCAAUACUAUAAGCUCAUAGAUGAGUGCACAGCACAGAUAAUUCUGCACAGGAAUGGCUGUGACCCCGACUUUAAAUGCAGGAACCUACAGAUGGACUUUGACUUUCUGAUUGACAACAUGGUUGAUCAGACGAAAGUGGAAAUCAGUGAAGCCAAGGCCACAGAGCUGGAGAAGAAGCUGGAUAGCGAGUUGACGGCCCGUCAUGAGCUGCAGGUGGAGCUGAAGAAGUUGGAGGCGGAUUAUGAACAGAAAGUUCUUGAUCUGAGCGCAGAGAAAGACACGCUGGGGAAGGAGAAGAGCGAGAGAGAGAAAGAGAAUCAGAACCUGCUUUCACAGAUCAACCAGCUCAAAGAGAAGAUUGAGAAGCUCUCGAAUGAUCUAGAGGAAGCCAAGACAAAAGUCAUCACCGUGCAUGUGCCUGUGGCCAUGCCCCCUCCUCCACCCCGUCCGGGUGAAGCCUGCCUUCCGCCCCCACCCCCACCUCCCCCUCCCCCUCCUCUACCUGGGCAGACAUCCAUGAUGCCCCCUCCUCCCCCGCCCCCACCUUUACCUGGUGGGCCAGGUAUGCCUCCGCCCCCUCCUCCACCCCCUCUACCCGGGGCACCCGGAAUGCCCCCACCUCCUCCCCCUCUUCCUGGGGCACCUGGUAUGCCCCCACCCCCACCUCCUUUACCAGGAAUGCCCGGUAUGCCGCCGCCUCCACCCCCUCCACCCGGAAUGCCUGGUAUGCCGCCGCCCCCACCUCCGAUGGGCGGUCCUGGGAUGCCACCGCCUCCUCCGGGAGGUUUUGGUGGAUGGGCACCUCCCGUUCCUCAACUGCCGUAUGGUCUACAGCCAAAGAAAGACUACGCACCCGAGAUUCAACUGAAGAGAGCCAAUUGGAGCAAGAUUGCAGCUGAAGAUCUGUCUGAGAAGAGUUUCUGGGUAAAGGCAAAGGAAGAACGCUUUGAGAACAAAGAGCUGUUUGCCAAACUCACACUCACUUUCUCUACACAAACCAAGGUUAAGAAAGAUCAGGAGGGAUCUGAAGAAAAGAAAACCGCUAAGAAGGUGAAGGAGUUGAAGGUGCUCGACUCCAAAACAUCCCAGAACCUUUCUAUAUUCCUGGGUUCAAACAGGCUGCCUUAUGAAGAGUUCAAGAAUGUCAUCUUAGAGGUCAAUGAGAAACUUCUCACCGAAAAUAUGGUGUCGAGUUUGUUGAAGCUGUUACCGGAACAGGAACAGCUGAACACAUUAUCAGAGUUAAAAGACGAAUACGAGGAGCUGGCCGAAUCUGAGCAGUUUGGAGUUGUGAUCAGUUCAGUGAAGCGUUUGAAGCCUCGUCUCAGUGCAAUCCUCUUCAAGCUUCAGUUUGAGGAGCAGGUGAAUAACGUGAAGCCAGACGUCGUGGCGGUAACCGCGGCGUGCGAGGAGCUCCGUCAGAGCGAGAGCUUUUCCAAACUGCUAGAGAUCACGCUACUGCUGGGAAACUAUAUGAACGCAGGGUCACGGAAUGCUAAAGCCUACGGGUUCACCAUCAGUUACCUGUGCAAGUUGAGGGACACUAAAUCAGCAGAUCAGAAACAGACACUUCUGCACUUCCUGGCUGAAACAUGCCAGGAACAGUACCCAGAGGUCAUGACCUUCCCAGAGGAGCUCAUCCAUGUGGAGAAAGCCAGCAAAGUCUCGGCGGAAACGCUCCAGAAGAAUCUGGAUCAGAUGGAGAAACAGAUUGCGAGCCUGGAGAAGGACAUCGAGACGUUCCCCCCGCCACAGAGCGACAGAGACAAAUUCGUUGAGAAAAUGACUAGUUUUGUGUCGACUGCUCGUGAGCAGUUUGAGAAGCUGAAGUUGAUGCACGACAACAUGGAGAAACAGUACGAAGAUCUGGGCAAAUACUUUGUGUUCAACCCCAAGAAGAUGAGCCCAGAGGAGUUCUUCGGCGACCUCAACAACUUCAGGAACAUGUUCCAGCAAGCGGUGAAAGAGAACCAGAAACGGAAAGAAGCGGAAGAAAAGAUCCGUCGAGCCAAACUGAUACGAGAGAAAGCCGAGAAAGAGAAAGAAGAGAAACUGAAGAGAAUGAACGCCAAAAAGAUACCCGACAUCAAUGAUGAUGAUGAGACUGGUAUCAUGGAUGGUCUGUUGGAAGCGCUGCAGUCCGGAGCUGCUUUCAGGAGGAAGAGAGCACCACGAGCAGCCAAUAAUCGGAGAGGAGCUGGUCAUGCCGUGACGAACCUUCUCGCCAAAGAGCUUCUUCAGGAGGACGCCCCAUCCAGAGGCGCCAAAAAGUCCCGAUUGGACGCUGAGGACAAGAGGGAGGAGUCUCCGGAAGACACAGGCUCACUGGAGGAUUUGUUAGAGGACAUCCCGUUACGCUCAAAUUAAGCACUUACUCUUCUGAGCACGCCUCUUCCUCUUAAACGAUAGAUGUGUUUGGGACCAAGCAUGCGAGGGCGGGGCUCUUGCGUAACCACACCCCUUUAAUAAGCGUGUACGGCUUCUUAGUGGCUGUCACACUGGAGGAGGGGUGCAAGUUCCAUCCUUACAAGAGUGACGUCGUCUUUUCACUGCCCUGAUAAACACUUUAUCCGUCUUUCUGUUCUUUGCAUUUUCUAACACUCUUUCGCUCGUAACGGCAAGUUUCAUGCGUUUCAUAUAUUCGUUUCGCGCGGGAUUCCAAAGAUUUGUAUACACAUAUUCUGUAAUAAUUUUGUUCGCUCAGCGGGACAGUUGUUCCUGAUCCCAAUUCAAAACAAGAAUCUCUUUUGCGACUUCCUUUUUUGUUUUGUUCUUGUGCUUUUGUUUAAAACGGAUCACACGGCUGAAUGUUGAAAAAACACCAAGUGCUAAUAAUGAUGUUUUUGCGUACUUAAGGUGUUCUCACUGACGUUCUGUAGCCCAUCAGGAGAUUUAAGGAAGGUCUGGUACCUGCUCACGAGAUUAGUUUCCUGUUUUUGUGCUCUCCUGUUCCUUUGUGUUACAUUUUGUUGUUUUAUUGAAUGACGUAAUGUAGAUUUCUUGGUAACUUCUCACUGGCAACAGUCCUUGGUGCGUUUUUCAUGAAAGAAUUUGUUUAUAUAGUUUGUGUUAUAUUAAAAAUGACAAUUCCUGAAAAGUUGGUUUUGGAUUGAAUGGAUAAAUAAUUUGUAAAAUCAUUCAUACUUAAAAUGGUGCAUUGAAUUAAAUGCAACUAUUUACGAAAAUAUGGUUUUGGAUAGAACUGAUAAAUCGUUUGUAACGUUGCGUAAAUUGUUGCAUCGAAUUAAACGUGACGAUUUUCGAAAAAUGCUUUUGAAUAGAUAAAUACUCCUUAAAACCAUUAUUUUGUAAUUGUUACAUUUAAUAUAAAACGACUGAAUAGAAAAAUAAUUUAUAAAACCAUUUUUAUGUAAUUGUUGCAUCGAAUUGAACUGCAAUUUUACUCAAAAAUGGUUCUGGAUUGAAUUGAUCAAUUGUUCAUUAAAACCGUUCUUACGUCAAUGUCAUUGCUUAGAAUGGACAAAACGUUUGUUGAACUGUUCUCAGGUCAAAUUGUUGCGUUCAAUUCGCCCAAUUACAUCAGGAUGCUUUUACAAAAACAUUUCCUAAAUGUCAAACUUUUGAAAACCAUUUGUUGUGCGCGUACGCUGCCUUCAGUUUAAAACGGCACUGUCGAAAUGUUCAUAAAUCUGUUUUAUUGAGCGGUCAUCGUGUAGCUGUUGUCUUUAAAGCGCUGUGACGUGUUUCUGUGUUGAUAAAGUGUUCAAGUCUUUCUACUGUUUUCUGCAGACUGAAAAUUGCAAAACUGCUGAUGCACACACACUCUUGUGCACAUGUUCGUUUGUGCAUCUCAUUUGGGGGAUUAUUCUAGCAUCAUUCGCACAAGAUAAACAACAUGUGCAUGUUUUGAUUUGACCUACAUGCCUAUAACCAUUUUGAGGGCUUAAAUAACAUGCACAGAAACUUCUGCAUGGAUUUAUCCAUCUUAAAGGGGAUCGGUCACCCAGAAAUAAAGAAACAUUUCAUUUAUUUACCCACAUGUCAUUGCAAACCCUUGUUGGGGGGGAUCUGAUGACCGAAUUUUCAUUUUUGGGGUGAACGGUCCUAUUAAAUGGCUUGAUCAAGUCAAAUCUAUCUGAAAAUGGCGCUGCAGGUUUGUCUCUGGUGCUAAACUAUCUAAACGUUCUCGUUAACUUGUUGAACUUUUGUCGACAUAUCAGACAUGUAUUGUUCUUUCAGUCAUGACCAGAGUUGGCAUCAUCGAAUGGUUCAAAUCGGUGAAUACAGUGAAAAGUGACCUCAGAGUUUCAGCUUUGCAAUAUGACUUACAUGAAUGUGGAUGUUGGCUGAAUGUGUGAGGGUAGAGAUCACUGUUUUAAGCCAUAGCGUCUGUCCUGAGAAGUUUCUUCUGGAUUAUUCUAUAGCAAAAUAUAUAUGAAUUUAUGUAACGUGAAAAAGGUGACAAUGUUUUGGCAAUCAAGUGUCCACACACUGCCCAGACCCCAGCAUGCCUGAAACAUCUCUAGAACGUUCCGGAUUAUUUUAUGGAAGUUACUGAACCAAAUUUCAAAAAGUUGGGUUUGAUCAUUAUGGUGGUUAUGCAACAGUUUCACUUUAUUGGGGAAAAGCUGGAGAAAUAUUACUGGAAAAACAAAGUGUGCGUUUUCUUUCUUUUGAUUUUUUAACUGUUUUUCUAUAUACAUUUUUAUUGCUCAUUUUACUGUAAUAAUAUAGAGAUUGUAUUUGUGAGAUUCAUCUGGUCAAAUAGUGUAUAUUGAGUUUGUGACUGUAGAGAUGUUUAUUCUGAUGAUCUCUAAACAAACACCAUUAAAAUAUAUGAA